AUGGAGUCUGCUGUUAGUUCACAUGUUUCUGAGGAACAGAUCAACAUUUCUGGUAUGCCCAUUUGGGCACAGGCAGCUUUCAGGGAUAGGACACAAUUGAACAGUGUGCCGAGCAAGGUUUACAAAGUUUCACUUUUUAAUCGGGAUAACGUUUUGGUUCGUGUGCCAAUUGAGCAUUCAACACCUGAAGUAGCCCGUCUUACAAUACUCGAGUGGAUAAGCGGCACAAAUAUACUCAUGAUGGUUCUAAUGUUCCUUAUAAAAUUCUCUAUUUUGCACGCACUGAAGCUUCUGUGGUAA